AUGGAGGCUGAGCCCACACAGCGCAUGUAUCUCUUCAUGACUACACGCGACAUGCUGAGUGCCGCCACGAGGCUCAAUCUGGUGGGACCGCUUGAAGCAGCGAAGUUGCAGUUCGAAAUGACACCGCUGUUGGAGAAUGUGUUUCAGGCCAAGAAGAACCGAGUGGUGGAGGACUCGUACUCGUCUGCCCCUGUACUGGACCUCGUGCAGGCCAUGCAUGAUCAGCUCUACACGCGUAUUUUCAACAGUUAA